UUGCCGAGAUGUUUCUCCGUAGAGCUGUGAUCGCCGCCGGGGGUUCUGCUGUCGCUCUUUUUGCCGCCGUGUCUGUGGGGAAGAGUGAGGAUGACUUGGUGUCUCUCUGGCCCCAUGUGCACCCUGGGCGCUGGGAUAGGAACUGGGAUUACCGUGAACCAAUGUCGCUAAUUAAUUUGAAUGAUCUGAAAGGGUGCACAGAAAAAGAGCGUGAGGACAAGCUGAAGACAUGUAAUGCUAAAGUCAGUAGACACAUCUACCUGAUCAGACAUGGUCAGUACAACAAUGCUGAUAGUGAAUCUGAAAGAACCCUAACUGGCAAAGGACGUGAACAGGCAGACUUAACUGGACAGCGUCUGGCAGCUCUUGCAAAUGAAGGGAUUAACUUUAAUGGCAUUGUUUAUUCAUCUUUGACCAGAUCCACAGAAACUGCUGACAUAAUCAGCCGUAGAUUACCAGGUAUUAAAAUGUGUAGCUCUAACUUGCUUCAUGAAGGAGCUCCAACCCGGCCAGUACCUCCAGAAUCCAGGUGGCUACCAGAUCUCGAUUAUUUUAAAGAUGGCCCACGCAUUGAGGCUGCAUUCAGGAAGUACAUCCACCGUGCGGAUCCAGAGCAAACCAAAGACAGUUAUGAGAUUAUAGUCUGCCAUGAUAAUGUCAUCCGCUACUUUGUAUGCAGGGCACUGCAAUUCCAACCUGAUGGUUGGCUUAGGAUGUCUCUGUACCAUGGAAGCAUUACCAAGAUGGUGGUCUCUUCCAAUGGGGAUGUGUCGUUGAUUACACUUGGUGAUGCUGGAUAUAUGCCCCCAGGGAAACUUACUGGUGCAUAGAUGGACUUCGCUUGGAAACUUAUUCAGUGUUGGACUCGUUUUGACUCUACCUCCUGGUGUGACAUGCAGGGCACGUUGUUGCAGAAUAAUUGAAACCUUUUCCAGCCUUAUUCUAAUUAUUGCACCAAUAGGGGUGAUUGCACACUUGGUUUCAUAGACCAGAACACUUGAGGCCUUGUCAGUGGAAAGUUUGCUCUCUUGUUUUUGAGACUAUUAAACUGACAAAUCUGUAGCAGGGAUGUUGGACAUGUUUACUCUAUACUUAUUAGAGUGGUGUUUUGCACAGAAUAGUAAUGAUGGGUGCUAUGCUUUAAAUAUA